AUGGAUAUCUCAACCGACGACAAGAAACCCCCAACCCCCAGCCAAGACAAGGUCGCCAGCAUGCACGAGAACCAGGCCGAGCGGAAGCCUUCCGAAUCGGCGUAUGCGCAGCGCGAGCCGUACUGUCAGCCUGGUUUCAGAGGGUUGUUUGCGAGUCAGUAUGUGGCGCUUUGUGCGGCUUUUAGUGCCAUGGGUGGUUUACUAUUUGGCUACGAUCAGGGAGUCGUCAGUGUUAUUCUUGUCGAACAGCAAUUCUUGCAGAGAUUUACGAGGAUCGCGGAGGGGAGCGCUGGAGCUGGGUUUUGGAAGGGGUUGUUGACCGCUAUGAUCGAACUAGGUGCACUUCUCGGUGCACUUAACCAAGGCUGGAUCGCGGACAAAUUCUCCAGAAAGUACUCGAUUGCCAUGGCUGUUGUCGUCUUCACCAUCGGAUCCGCUCUCCAGACCGCCGCCAUGAACUAUGCAAUGCUGGUUGUCGCGAGAUUCAUCGGUGGUCUAGGCAUUGGUAUGCUGUCCAUGGUCGCGCCGCUGUUCAUCAGCGAGAUUUCGCCGCCGGAGAUCAGAGGCACAUUGCUCGUGCUUGAGGAGUUUAGCAUUGUCACUGGCAUUGUCAUUGCUUUCUGGAUUACGUACGGGACGUAUUAUAUGUCUGGAGAGUGGGCGUGGAGGUUGCCGUUUUUGAUCCAGAUCUUGCCUGGACUUGUGCUUGGUGUUGGGAUUCUCUUCCUGCCUUUCUCACCCAGAUGGCUGGCUUCCAAGGGCAGAGAUGACGAGGCUCUGGUCAAUUUGGCGAAGCUGCGACAGUUACCAACCACAGAUUCGAGAGUUCAAUUGGAGUGGUUCGAUAUUCGAGCGGAGGUAGCUUUGCACAAGGAGAUCUCAGUCGAGAGGCACCCAAAGCUGCAGGAAAGAACGAGAAUGAAUCGACUGAAGCUGGAGAUUGCCAGUUGGGCUGACUGCUUCAAGAGAGGUUGUUGGCGAAGGACGCAUGUUGGUGUUGGGUUAAUGUUCUUCCAACAGUUCGUUGGUAUUAACGCUUUGAUCUACUAUUCGCCAACGCUUUUUGAGACCAUGGGACUAGACUACAACAUGCGCCUCAUCAUGUCCGGCGUCUUGAACGUUACCCAGCUCGUUGGCGUCACCAGCAGCCUCUGGACGAUGGACCGAUUCGGCCGACGCCCUCUCCUCCUCGCUGGUAGCGCUUUGAUGUUCAUCUCGCACCUUAUAAUCUCCAUCCUUGUCGGCAAAUUCUCCCACGAUUGGCCCUCUCACCGUCCGGAAGGCUGGGCCAGCGUCGCCAUGCUCCUCUUCUACAUGCUCUCCUUCGGCGCUUCCUGGGGUCCCGUCCCUUGGGCUAUGCCGUCUGAAGUCUUCCCUUCGUCUCUCCGAGCGAAAGGCGUUGCGCUGUCUACGUGCUCGAACUGGCUCAACAACUUCAUCAUCGGCUUGAUCACCCCUCCACUGGUCGAGAAUACAGGCUAUGGCGCGUAUGUCUUCUUUGCGGUAUUUUGCUUGGCGAGUUUCGUGUGGACGUUCUUCUUUGUGCCGGAGACAAAAGGCAAGAGUUUGGAGGCUAUGGACAUGGUCUUCAAGGAUGUUAGCUCGGAGGCGGAGGAGCAGAGGCGGGAAAAGAUUGAGAGGGAGAUUGUUGCGGGGAGUGUGAAUGCUGUGCCGAAGGUGUGA